AUCUCAUCUGUAUACACCUAUCGCUCUGACAACACACUCAUCCAGGGAAAGCGUAUAACGGUAACGUUCCGUUUGUCCUUUGUGGCGAAAUUUUUUUUCCAGCUGCCAGAUGGGAAGGGCCCCUCCGCAAGAGGGAGAGGGCGACAGUAUUGGCGUGCACAUUGCAUGCGGCGACAGGUGGGUGGAAGGGAGAGGGCUGGAGGGGGCUGUGCAAAGAGAUAGAUAAGUAAUUCCAUGGAGCAUGCAGCGCGGUUGGAUGUCGAUUCAGAAUUUGGAGGCUCCCAGCAUUGAAUUGGUGUUAAGCACGAACCGAACGAAAUGGAAAUGGAAAUGAGAGAACGAGACUGAGAAUGAAAAUCAGCAGUUGUCAUUGUCAUUGGAAUUGGUUGUGGAAAUGGGGGGAUGUGGGCGGUCUCAAAGGCAAAAAGGGAGAUGAAAGACACGCCAUCGAAAGGAGAGUCCACCUGGGCUCAUCCAGUUGCCGUUGUUCACUGCAACUGCUCGGUUCGGAUUCGCUCCUGCUCUUUUUACCGUUAUUCGAAAGGAAGUUUAUCCGGGAUUUCCCCGUUUAUCCAAAAGGGCCUUCGUGUGGUUUACCUGUAACUAUCACAAACCGAUCGUGCUGAAAUCAAGUGCAUUAAAAUAUAAUGGUUAUAAGAUUAUAAAGUACAUAUAUAUAUCACGAAAAAUCUACAUAGUCUAAGAGCUUAUAUGUGAGUUUGAAAACGAUAAAUACUAUAAGAUCGCUCAAAAAUUAACAUUGAACUGGCCUAUGAUAAAAUUAAAGCUAACCUAAACAAUCGUAAUUAAAUCAUAGAUGGAGGUACCAAGCUAUCUCACAACAAUAGUUACCAUCUGCUGAUUUGGUAAACUUUUUAAGCAUCCGCCAUGUCCAAUCAACUAUUUUUCCUGAGCUUGGCGGACAUCUUCUCGGUGUAUCCGGCCAUUUUCAAGGAGCAAAGCAAGAAGCUGAAGAAGACCAAGCAGAUUUACUUGCCCAGCGAUGAAGAGUGGCAGGACAAGAUGUACUACAUGCUAUUGGAGAUCCAACGCCACGUGAACGACUCGUCCGAUGAAACGCUAUCCCUACACGACAUCAAUAAGAAGGAGAAACCUUUGUUUGAUCCGCUGCGCAUCACCAAGAUCCUGUCGCCCGGGGUUAGUCCCAAUGGACGACGUAGCAGGAUCCUGAAAUACUGUCAUUCCACUACGGUCAAGGUCAAAUUGAAGGCUGGCGCACGUUGGACAUUGCCAACCAUCGCAAAUGCCGCCAAACUUCUCCGCAAACCACCGAUUCUGGUGGAUUUUCAAAAUGAGCAUGAGAUGCGAUUGGCCUUUUCCUUAAUCUACGAUGUUUUUAGAUAUAAGGUUGUUAUGUCAAAUGCCUUGAAUGAUGUCAGCUUCUUUGAACAACACAAAGAGUACAAAAACGACGAACAAAGGAUUUGGUUAAUGCUCUUCGAACUCUACGAUCGUCAGUUUAAAGGACGUAACUCUGAGGAAAAGGAUCUCCAAGCGAGUCUUUACAAGGAGUCGGAAGUGACAGAUCAUGCUGAUGUCCUGUGGCAACAUCGUAUUCGUUUGGCAGCCUCGAUUUCCCGGAUGAGGAUUCGGGUAGGAGCUCUUAAACUUUCCCAACUGCUGCCCAUCCACCUUCAGAAUGAGAAAGUGGCCAUCGCAGCUGCCAAUCCCGUGGUCACCGGUUGGAUUAAUCCCUUUUUAGUAAAAAACAAAGAAGAGGCUGAUAAGAUCCUUACCGAAAUGGGCUUUACUGUACACGGGCCAGACGAUGAGGAACAACUUUUGGUGCAGCACUGUAAGUGGGACAAUAUCUGUCCUCUGGUCAUAUCCUGUAUUCCCAAGGACCGCAGUGAGUUCACCAAAUCCGUGCUGAUGACUAAGCAUUACUUUAUCAUGCAGGACAAAAACUUUACUUUUGGUCCGGCUAUUAUGUCCAAGUUAAUGGAUUACUUCGAGUUGGACGGCGAUAUAUUGCAGACGCAUAUAGGUUCCCCUCGAUCCACCGCGUAUUUAGCAGCGCUUUUUUACUCCAUCAACCGGGUGAACAACUUCUAUGUUUAUGGAGCCGGGGCAAAUCUGAAGGAGUACCGACGCUAUAUGGAAUCAAUAGGGGUUAAUAAUAUCCGACUGUUUGGCGAUGCAUUUACCUCCUUUCCCAUGGAAUCGAAUCGUUUCAGGACGGUUGUGGGCAUUUUCGCCACGCCACCAAACUCGUUUAGUGCCAUUUCGGAUCCCAUCGAUUUGAUUUGUUCGCGUGGUGGAGAUCUGAGUAUGCUGGAGGUGCUCACGGAAUCGGAGGUCAGCGAUGAAGGUCGCCAGCGGGUGGCCAUGAUCCUCGAGGAGCAGCUGCUGACCCUCACCAUGUCGAUGUCGCGACCCCAAGUCCAAUUUGUCCUCUAUCAAACGCACUCCAUUGUGGGCACUGAAAACGAGGAUAUGGUGCAGCAUGUCGUGGAGUUGAUUAAUAAAUUGGCCUUGGAGAAACAUCGCAAUGCCUACAAGGAGCAGAAACGACUGGAGGCCAUUGCUGAAGCGGAGGCAGCCAAUAUACCGGCGGCUGCAAUGAGCAAGGAUUCGCCCCGGAAGAAGGAUAAGCCCUCCACGCAACCGGAACCGCCUGUACCGGGAACACCGUCGUCAAUGGCGCCCCCCUUGCCCAGAUUGGAUAGCAUUGAUCUGAUUGUGACACCCGAUAUCGAUGAAUUUGUGCAGGACACAGUCCCUGAUAUAUGCAUCAAUCAGGAUAAUUGCAUCAAGCAACAGACUACGGGUAGUUAUCUAUCCCUGGUGCGUCGAAAAACCCUUACUCAUCUGAAUGAGAAGUAUCUAAUUCGUCGAGCCGAGCAGCGAGGACUCUUUGGCAAGCCCGAAAAGGAUUCCAAGGAUAAGUCAAGACCCAAGACCGUGAAACUUCAGGAGCAGCAAACGGAACCAGCUCCGCAGGACAUGGGCUAUGAUCCCCGGAACUCUGCCCAUCGAUCCAGUGCCCAGCAAAUUCUCCAGCGUCUGCAGCGAUCGACGAGCGCCAGCGCGAUCCGUUCGCACCUGACCAAGGUAUCAUCGACAUACCGCCGCCCCAUCGCCUUCAACUUUAUUCGGCGCGAGUGCAAGCGCUUCUACGUUUUGCCCGUCUAUAUGCACAGCACCAAGCAGAGCAUUCGAUUAUGGUGGCAAUACGCGUACAAAUGCGUCACGCCCUCCGCCUCAGCCGAUGCGGUCUGGAAUCCGAAUCUGAAAUUUCGACUACACUGCAGUCGCCAGCUGCGCAUCCGCAAAUUGAGACGUGGUCCGUGGUCCCGGAGGCAGCCACUCCAAUUGCAUAUCAAUGACAUCAAGCUGUUGUGCCAGGUGCGCAGGCGAAGCAAAUGAAUGGCAUUGUUUAUAGAGCCCUAAAAGGUCUAGACUCUAGACGAAAUUCCUCGUUAAAUUCCAGCUGCCAUGGUUUAGUUGAAUUUCACAGAAUACUCUGUUCGAAAUUCAAACUUUUAAAUCUUCCCGCCUUUCGAAGGCAUUGCCAUACGCUCGGAUUUUAUCGAUAAGUUAGUGUUGAAUAAGGAAAAUUUUGAAAUAAUAUAAAAUGCUGUUUCUAGUACUUGUUAAUUCAAAUAAUAUUGCAAUAAAUCGAAUUUAAGCAGAUGUGUGCUAGUCUUUAUUUAAUGUAAUAGAUUAUUUAUAACUUAUAAAUUAAAUAUAAACCCAAUCAUUUUUGGAAUACUUUUAUAUUGUUCGAACGUAUUUUACAAUUUUGAAUUUGAAUUUUUAUCUCUUAAUUAAUCUUACAUAUUGUAGUUUUAAGAACAACAAAAAAGAUAUGCCUUAAAAUAAAUAUAAGGAUAUUGUUUGUUUAACAAUAGCAAGGAAUUGCAUGUAAAGAACAUUUUUCGCAAUGUAGCACCCAAAAUUGAAGUUAAAUUAUAUUUUUAACAAAUUA